GACGUCAACACCAGUGGCGUUUUAAGUUUAAAUAAUUUGGCUUAAUCGAUUGAUCAUUCAAAUAAUAAAAUGGAAGCAAUAUUUGCGUUACCGUUUACAGUACUUGAAAUACCUAAUAUAAAGAUAAAGAAACCGAUAUGGCUUCAACCGCCAUCUGCUAUGACUACCUUCUCGUUGGUGCUUUUAUCAUACUUUUUGGUGACAGGAGGUAUAAUUUAUGAUGUGAUAGUGGAACCGCCAAGCGUAGGAUCUACAACUGACGAGCACGGCCAUAGCCGGCCGGUAGCGUUUAUGCCUAACAGAGUCAACGGCCAGUAUAUAAUGGAAGGUUUGGCAUCAAGCUUUCUGUUUUCUCUAGGCGGCCUUGGCUUUAUAAUAUUGGAUAGAACACACAAUCCAUCUACACCGAAAUUAAACAGAAUCCUGCUCAUCUCAGUGGCCUUCCUUUGUAUUUUGGUGUCAUUUUUCACAACUUGGAUAUUUAUGAGGAUGAAACUACCCGGCUAUUUGCAAAACUGAGCAAUUAUUUCUAAGUAUAAUCAAGAUGCAUGUAUGGAUGCCUCUUUUUAUUAAG